CUGCCGCGCGCGCGGCCGGAUCCAGUCGCAGUUUGAACCUCGAGGAGACUGAUCGUGAGUCCGAUCGUAAUCCUGGACCAAGUAAACGGACGCCUCGGAGAAUCGUGCCAGGAUCUUCUGCCAUGCGACCAGGAGCAUGCAGAAGCCAUUGAGAGAGCUGGGCCGGUUGUGCCUCAAUGCUAGCGGACAGAGCAACGUCGUCGUCGCCGAGGUGUGUAACGAGACGCGUGGACUUCCGCUUCUUCAGGUAUGGCCCAGCGAUUCGCCCAGAGGCGAGGCCGAUGGACAGGCCUUUAUGUUUCCAGACGUGCAGGAAAACGUCAACGACAGCGGCAUCGAGUCCAUUCAGGCGUCACCGUCGCCGUGCGGGGCAGUCUGCAACAGUCCAGCGACGACGCCGCAGCAAUCACGUCGCGCCAGUCUGCUGCAUCCGGAUCACGCACGGUUGCAGCUGCAUCAUCUGCAUCACAACCACCAUAACGCGGGCUCGAAGAGUCCACCGUCGCCAGACAGAACGUCCGUGGACGAGGAUCAGCCACCUGCGCCGCCGAGUCCCUCCAGCUCAACCACCAGCAGCUUGCGAUCGAUGCCAAGCUCGGCGAUCGCCUCGAUGCACUCCCAGGACAGAAGACGCAGCAGCAGCAGAUACAGUAUGUUCGAUGCCUUGGAUUUGGAGUAUGCUCUUUUGAGAGCCGCAGCCCGUGGCUCCGUCGGCCCAUACUCCUUGUCGGAGUCCCUCCACAAGCUGACUUUCACCCAAAGUCUGGCAUUUCCUGCCCUUGCACGCGGUCUCGCUUCCAAACAAAGCGUGCCGACCAGAAGACCCCAGCAGCACGCCGAGAGUGGGCUGAACGCCUUCGCCAAGGUGGUGACCGCGCUGGUGUUGAUGCUGGUGAGCGUGCUGGUUUUCGGUGUGGUCUACAAGUUCGCUAGAACGUGAGGCUGGUUACUGGUACCCAGUCGGCAUCCUGGGUCGACGCAGGAUAAUGGUCAUCUGGGUGCCAAUGGCGCAUUCAGCGAUAACGUUUGACGGGGUCGAAGAUGAUCUGGUCUUUCCACUUGCCUGCGAAGCAGAAAAAGACGCGGAACGAUGCGUCCACUUUUGGAAUGGUGACGUUUAAAUUUAGGCUGAGCAUGAAUUUUUCAAUGACAGAAUCGAUGCGUGAAUCAAGGAUGAACAGGACGAUGACGUGUGUGCGACAAUUGAUACGCGACUCAUCCCACACGCGGCUAGCCAGGGUGUAAAAACAAUUUUAUAUAUACUAUAUGGGAUUUCUUGUUUUAUUGGAGCGCAAGGAGUUUUGUGCGUACGGGGUAUUUGAUACAAAGUUUGGACGACAGGGUUGAAAAAAGCGUGGAAAAAUAAUAACAAAUGAUAAUGAGAGACAUAGCGACAACGACGGUCCGUUGGAUCGGGGAAAAUUAUCUUUGUGUGUGUGUGUGUAUCUUAACUAAAAAUCAUAAUUCUAAUGGCUGAUGAAUGUGUAUGGAUGGUCUAGUGCGAUAAAAAACUCUAAUGACGGGGACGCGCAAACUAAGGAAGUUGUAAUUUAAAAAUAUGCUGGACAAUGACAUUAUAUGUAGCUUUUUUAUUUUGCACUGUUUUUCUAUUUGGUUAUAUAGAAUUGCAAAUGUUUAUUACAAGAAAUUUUAUAUAAAUAAUAAUUUUAAAAAAAUUUUUAUAUAAUGGAGUACUUAGUUGACAUUUGUACUUUCACUCUGUUUUUCACGCGUCCGACUUUGCUAUUCUAAGAUGAAUCUAUUGCUUUAAGGCUGUUCUAAGAUGAAUCUAAGCUUUAAGGGUAGUUAAUCCGAACGUAUAAGUAAACUCUGUUCCAUUGUUACUUUACUCUACAAGCAUUUGCAAUUCUAUACAGCUAAAUAGAAGAAUCUGGUGAAAUCUGAAGCUACAUUAAGUCGGUACCGUCGGUAUUUGCUACGAGUCUAUUUCUUAAGAAAUAAUUAUAUACGUACUUACGAAAGUGCAACGGAGAGUUGCAUUAACGUCGGAAUGAGAUCCCGACGAGUGCAAUCGCGAGCCGAAGCACCUCGUUAACGAAUACAAAUUUAUGUCCCGGUCACGCCGAGGUGAGACAGAGUUUCCGGUACAUCGCUUUCGCCGAUAUACUUCGAGUUGCGAGAACUCGUUAAAGGACUCUUCAAUGAGAUGUAUUUUACCGCGUUGUCGAGAGACGGUAUCUGGGACGGGCGGUAGCCAAUAAAGACCGAGUUCAAAGAGGAAUAAAACGCGGCGGUGCAACAAUGGCGGGACAAUCAUGGAUUGAGCCACUCAUACAGUCUGCGCGCGAAAUCGAUUCCGGGCUGGGACAUUCGAGAAAGAACGCUUGAAAUUUCAAUCGAAUAGCUCGGAGUCGAUGGUGAUUGAGAGAUUGAAUGAAGUAAAUGAGAGGAUUAUAUUUUUGGGAUUUCUCUCUCAGAUAUCUUCGAAUAUCAAUGGCGAUUUCCCGUCAGGACGACGGAGCCUUCUGCACGUUUAUUUUCAGCACACUUCACCUCGCCAAACUUUUAUUCCGGUUAAAGCCGUUUGAAACCAAUUCAAAUAAAUCCUCGUAAAGAGAAGUAUACACAUGGUUUGUUGAGGGGGAUACUUUGGCCACUCUUUGGCCACUCUGCGCUUCACAAUCUCGUCUUUUCAAUUGUUCCAUCAAACUAUUUGAUUUUGAAUUCAAACACUGACAUUCAUUAUCCAAUUUUAUAUUUCAAAUUGUCUUAAAUUCAUUUUCAGAUGUUCCAAAGCUCCUGAAAUUAUCUGUAUAAUAUCUGAAGAUGAACUUAAGGGAAUGUUGAAGUCGACACUUUAAGGAGAUGCUGAAAACUUUACCGACAGAAUAUCGACAUUUUUCUGCAAAAUUUACAUUAUAUUGGUUGUACAGGAUUACAAAUGCUUUUAAUGGAAGUAUGUAUAAAAAUAAACAUACAUAAAAAUGACAUACACUGUCAUUUGUAUUUUAAUUCUAUAAUAUAAGCAUUUGCUAUUCUGCACAAGUAAAUGGAAAAAAGCAGUAAAAGUUGCUUUUUGUCGGUAUCCAGCUUAUUCCCCUUAAGACGAUCUUAAAUACAUGAUCUAAUGAAUACCACUCUAAAAUUGACUCUUCCUCCGGCCAAUCCCAUUGCCUUGCCGUGCCUUGUCCGCGCGCGAAGUUAUCAUCUCACACGGACGUGCAUGCGAGAGCAUAACAAUCUCACAAAUUUCCUCGGAAAAUUCUACGACUGUCUUUACACAAGUGCUUUACACUAACUUCUCUCAGUGACAAUCGGCCGGGAAGCGCUCGUGUUCCCGGCAAUUCAAAUUUAACGUUAAGCGCGACUCGGCGGAAUUCUGGCCUCCAGCCGGAAACGACGAACUUUUCCGUUAGAAUUAAGUGGCUCCCGAAAGCGGAGUUGAAAUGUCAAAGCAGCUUAUCGUCUAUAUACUCUAAUGAAAGCGCGAUGUGGCUUGAAACUAAAUCGAACUCUCACAUUAACCAAACAGGUCUCGCGCCGUGAGCCAGCUGAUGACCGACGUUGCAGGUGUCCGCGUAUUUUUAUAAAAUAUCACAUCGAUCGUUACGUCAGUAAGUAAAAAUAAGCCCAACUUGUGCUUAACACGUGCUCCUCUCUCCAUUGAAGAAUCUCCCCGAAGAGUUCACAAUUUAUUUUUGCUAGAUACCCUAGAAUCGGUUUCGAUUUCGUUUUAAGCCCGCGAUUAGCUCGAAAGACACCCGAUGAAAAAACAUCUUUGAGCUUAUUUCGUACAGCCUAGUUGGCCAUAUUUCAUAUAUAAUAAAUAAAGAGUAUAUAUAUAUAUAUAUAUAUAUAUAUAUAUAUACAUAUAUAUACAUAUAUACAUACUAUAAAUAUUUAUGGUCGUUACACGGAGGCGAGUCUUCGUUACUUUGAUGUUAUGCUUUGUACGAAGCAACGAAAUUUCUAAAAAUAAUUCAAAACGCGUCACACAUGAUAGCGGAAUUACCGCACUUUACUUUUUUUAACUAUCGUACUAUACAAUGUAUGUACAUAUAUGUAACGCUGUUGCACUAAGGAAGAGAAUUUCCCUCUUUGUCUUUUUUACGCGAUAAGCGUCGUAAGAUUUAAAAUUAAUCUCAUGACGGCAUAUUCUCUCUCUCUCUCUCUCUCUCUCUCUCUCUCUCUCUCUCUC